GAUUAUUUCGAUUUAAAAUGUUUUUGAAUGUAACAAAACAAUGUAGAUUUUGUUAUAUUAAGCCAACAAAAUUGAGAAACCUGUAAAACUAAGUGGUAACAUUGGCAACAUAAAUAAAACUAGUCGAGAACUUUCCCGGAAGAAAACACGAAAACAUAAGGAUGAUUCUAUAAACUGCUAUCCACGAUAGACAAUGGCGCCAGCUGUUUCUGCAGUUGUUAUGGUUGGACUAACUUUUGUUGUGAAAAUGUCACUAGUUUAUUCAACAAGCGGUUCAGGAAUUUGCAGUAAGGAUGGUGAACCUCCUACAUGCUGUGCCGAUUAUAGAAAAAGUGGGGACAAGUGUGUGGAAUGCGUGGGGUUUUAUGGACAUCAAUGUACCUCGCCAUGUUCACCUGGAUUUUACGGAUUUGGAUGUAGGCUGAACUGUAGUUGUAUCCCCUGUAAUAAUAUCAAUGGUUCUUGUGAUGAUGUACAAAUAACACAACAAAGACCACAUACUGAGGCACCCUCCUGGCUGAUUUUUCUAUUAAGCUUAAUCUUUGUCUCUGGAUGCUUUGCAGUUGUAAUAACAAUCAUUAUUCUGAAAAAGAGGUCCGCAAUAUCACGUACAGUCAACACAAAUCCUGAAACCCCAAAACAAGGAUAUGACGUUGGUGACAAAGAUGUCAAUGACAUAGAGAUGUCGUAUGAUGACGUCAGAGAGUCUCAAAUGAUUCUUGAUGAAAUUCACCACUUACCAAGGACGUCAACUGGAACAUUAUCUAGGACUAGUUUCAAUACUGAUAUUUACAACGUUGCCGUUCACAACUAUCGCAUGAAAGAUUCAAUAUAUGCAUGAUAGUUAAAUAGAUUGUUUUAAAAAGGGGCGGCAAAGGCAUAAUUAAAUUGUAUGUUAUCCAAAUAGCUCAAUCUUAGCUAUAGUGCAACUAAC